AGAGACUGACGGUUGCUAGGGCGACAGAAAUACAAUAUGGCGGCCGGGUCCUAACGCUCUCCAGGCAGAGACCACCGGGAAGGUCCACGAGCCGGAAGCCGCCUCAGGAAAGCCGAAGGCCGGUACCACGGUCUCCUCGUUUCCUUUCGGCCCGGGGCAGACCAGGGGCUGUCGCCGUCGUCCACGUUCAGGAUGAAGAACUACAAGGCAAUUGGCAAGAUAGGAGAGGGAACGUUUUCUGAAGUUAUGAAGAUGCAAAGCCUGAGAGAUGGGAACUACUAUGCAUGUAAACAGAUGAAGCAGCACUUUGAAAGUAUUGAGCAAGUGAACAAUCUGCGAGAGAUACAAGCACUGAGGCGCCUGAAUCCACACCCAAACAUUCUCACCUUGCAUGAAGUGGUUUUUGACAGAAAAUCUGGUUCUCUUGCACUAAUAUGUGAACUUAUGGACAUGAAUAUUUAUGAGCUAAUACGAGGAAGAAGACAUCCACUAUCAGAGAAAAAGAUCAUGCAUUACAUGUACCAGUUAUGCAAGUCACUGGACCACAUGCACAGAAACGGGAUAUUUCACAGAGAUGUAAAACCAGAAAAUAUACUAGUAAAGCAGGAUGUCCUGAAACUAGGGGACUUUGGGUCGUGCCGGAGUGUCUAUUCCACGCAGCCCUACACAGAGUACAUCUCUACCCGGUGGUACCGGGCCCCAGAGUGUCUUCUCACCGAUGGGUUCUACACAUACAAGAUGGACCUGUGGAGCGCUGGCUGUGUGUUCUACGAGAUUGCCAGCCUGCAGCCCCUCUUCCCUGGUGUGAACGAACUGGACCAGAUCUCAAAAAUCCAUGACGUCAUUGGCACACCUUGUCAGAAGACCCUCACCAAGUUCAAACAGUCGAGAGCUAUGAGUUUUGAUUUUCCUUUUAAAAAGGGAUCAGGAAUACCUCUACUGACAACCAAUUUGUCCCCGCAAUGCCUCUCCCUCCUGCAUGCAAUGGUGGCCUAUGACCCUGAUGAACGAAUUGCAGCUCACCAGGCCCUUCAGCACCCCUAUUUCCAGGUGCAGAGGGCAGCUGAGACACAGACCCUGGCCAAACACAGAAGAGCUUUCUUCCCCAAGUACCCCAUGGUGCCAGAGUCAUCCAGGAAUAACUGGUCAUUCUCAAAGGAGGGCAGAAAGCAGCAGCCCCCGAGGCAAGAGGAGGGCCAUGCCAGAAGACAAGGGCCAGCCAGCUUGAUGGAGCUGCCCAAACUGAGACUGUCCGGAGUAACCAGACUGUCGUCAUGUUCCAGCCCUGCACUGCGGUCAGUGCUGGGCCCUGGAGCGAACGGAAGAGUCCCUGUGUUGAGACCCUUGAAGUGUGCUGGUGUGAACAAGAAGACAGACACGCAGAAGGCCAUCAAACCUCACCUGAAACAGUGUCACCUGCCCACGAUCAACAGGAAAGGGGGCGAAUACUGAACAGCAUGCCACCUGGUCACCCUCUUGGAGAGCAAGGGCAGGCGCCAUGGGCAGGCUUAGGCCUCUGCAGCUGAGAAUGGAUGGGCCAGAGGAUGCCCUGUGUGCUGGUGGUCCUCAUGAUGCUUGGUGGCCCAGGACAUGCUGCCUAACAGCCCGUCUGUACCCACGGCCUGAAGCCUCGUGUUUGUAACCCCAAAGCAGCUGUACCAAAUGUUCCAGUUUAAUAUAUUUGUAAAACCACCUCA